UUCCGCUUGCCACACGAAACAUGGCGGCGGUCAGUAGGCGGCUGAUUUGGGGCUUUUCUUCCCUUCUCAGGCAAAGCUUGCCCUUUGUCCCAAGGGGAACCUGUAUCCGAAUUUUGAGAAGUCCAUGGCUUAAAAUGAUUCCUGUGGGUGUUGGCACCAGCCUGUGUGCGGUUCCAGUCGGUCAGAGGUCAGAACCCACUCUCUCCAAUGAGUCCUUAAUAAAGAGGGCUGCAUCUCUGCUAACAGACAGUACACAAACCUUCCUGUCGCAGACGACGUAUGCGCUCAUUGAUUCACUAACAGAAUACACCACGGCUGUGUACACACUGAUCUCGCUACAGCAGAGAUACACUGCACUUCUCGACAGAAUGAAUCCAAAUGAGGAAAGUACCAUUUGGCAGGUGAUUGUUGGAGCCCGUGUACAGAUGAAGAAUCUAAAGGAGCAGUACUUGAGGUAUGAGUCUAGCUGGGAGCGCGCAUUGAGUCUCUCGGAGAUGGCAGCAGAAGCUGCUUACCAGGCUGGUGCAGACCAAGCUUCUGUCACAGUCCGCAACCACAUCCAGUUGGUACGAUCUCAGGUGCAGGAGACUCUGGAGUUGGUGUUGAAGGCUGAGGCCCAGCUGGCUGCUGCAGUAACGGAGGAAAUAAGGAGAACUGUCACAGAGGACAACGACGACAAACCCGCUGGUGGAGGAAGCCCAAACAGCAGCCAGUCGGAAGAGGAAAUCCCUGAAGCAUAUCUUCGUGAAGAUUAAAUUAUGUUGUCUAGCAUUAUCCCCUUAUUUGCUGACAAUGAGCAUUGGCAUGUAAGCCCACCAGGAACACUAUACGGGUAGUGAGCUUAAGUCUAACCUUGAAUGGAAAUUGCAAAGGGGUCAGUGAUGUGGAAACAAAUAACCUAUUUCAACUAUUUACCAGUGAUAUAAUUACUGGAUUGAACAGUGUUGCCUCAUUACACAAAAAACUCCUUUGUCUCCCACUGUAUGCCUAGCUUGUGUUACUGUAAAGCAAUGUGAAAGAAAUGUGAUGCUGAAGCAGUCCUAAAAAGAGACUGUCAUGGCUAUCAAUUUCCCCCAGCUGAUGAGUGAAUUGCAAGGGUCUAUUCAAGACUCCUAGAAUAAGCGAUGAACUUGAGUUUUUGUCCCUUUGUGUCCUGUUGAUUAUGGAAUCAGUGUCUUUCUUUCUUUCCAUAUCGCAAAUAGCCGCCUUCUAGACUUAGCACCAACAAAGUCUUGCUUCCAGAUGCACCAUAUUGCAAGUUCUUGGCAGUCAGUGGAUUAAGUGCCUUACAGCAAGAUUGCAUUUUCAGUAUUAAGGCGCUUACCAUGUUAAGGCACUUUUUAAUACUAUGUUCCAGCAAUGGCCACAUAGAAUGGGCUUUGUAUGUUGAGGGAGUCUUAAAAGGAAAAACAGCACUGAAAACGAAAGUGUUAUUGUAUGAUUCUGUAAGUGUUUGGGUGGUCCGUUAAACCAAUUCUUCAAGGGUUUACAAUAAUGUGUUGAAAUUAGGAGCCAUCUAUAAACUUCUAUGUAAAACGCAUAAAAAUGUUAGUUGCCGAUUUAUAACUUGUUCAUGGAACGCAAAGCAUGUUUAUAGACAGAGCAGUUCUGGUGCAAAGUUUUAAAAGUGGUGCUGUCACCAUACCAACUUACAAUGCAGGGGACAAAGCAUUUAUUGCAGUUUUGUAAAUAACUUAUAUUUUUUAUUUACAUGUCCGAUAAGUGUCUUUUGCAUACUUUCUAAACAUAGCACUCGGGUACAAAUUCCUUUUCAGACGUAAGGCAGCAGACUUAUCAAGAAACUUGUUCCACAUUUACACCACAUCAGGAACGCUCAUUGUACGUUAACCCCUCUAAUCCGUUACCGCUCUAGAAGCACUAGUAUAAUUAAGUCAUUCGGACAUUAUGCAACUUUGAUGGUUUUUGCUGGAAAACAGGCAAAUGUUUAACCACUAUGGAAUGACACAAUAUUUUGUUCAAUUUCAGAGCCACAUUUCAAAGUUUGAUGAAAGAAAGACGUUUAAAUGUAAUUUUGCAGGAUUAUUUUUGCUUUAAAACAGCAUGGUCUUUGAUACUGAAAUUAAACGGCACUUAAUUUUUUUUACAAUCUUUAAUACUAGAAUUAAAACAGGUGUUUAAUUUUUUACAUUUGUUAAUAUACUAUUUCUAGACAAAUUUGUGCUAUUAUUAUCAGGUUAGAGAAACAAUCUGCAUUAUACUAUCCUCGCAGGAAUUAGGAAUGCUUUACUAAUAAUCACAAUAUCCUAGAGUGAGUCUUGUGUGAUCCUCAUUUACUUAAUAAUACCAGACAUUAAUUUAAUGUCAUUUAAACAGACAUUUUUAAUGUAGGUUUGAAUUAAAUAACACAAUUUAGAUGUGUCAACAAUAAACUGUGUAGCUUGUCUUAAGUUUUCUGCAGAAACUACCAUGUUUUGUUCCUACUGUGCAUGCUCCAAUUGUUUUGAGAACAGACAUACAAUGUUUCCCAUAUGUGACUAAAAUGUAUUUGCCAACAUAAA